CUGGCCCAGCCAGGGGAAGGAGUGGCCAUCGGCAACCCCCUCCCCAACCCCAAGCCCUGAGGCGCCCGCUCUGGCUCAGCCACUCUGAUGCCUCUCCCUCAAAUUCCGAACCCUAGGUCUCAGGGAGGGCAGUGGGGCUGAGGGUCUGCCCCCAGGCACAUUCCUACCCUUCUCUUGGUCAUUUUCCGCCCCAGAGCUGGCCCACCUCAGCAAUGGGAGGGCUCCCUGGAUUCCUCUCCCGAGUGCCUUUCAGAUCCAACAGAAACAGAUUUUUUUUUUCCUGGAAAGCAGAACUAAGAGUGGGAUGAGGAGCAGGGGUGGGAAGGACUCAAAGUGAGAAGAAGGGGGCAAAGAGAGUCAGGCUUGGUGGCUGGGGUGUGUUCCAAGCCUCACUUCUCCAGUGUUCAAAGCUGAACUUCAGAUGGACUUCCCGGCUCUUCAGAAUGAGAGGCCUGUGUCCGGGGCAUGAGGCAGCCCCGGCUGCACCUCUCCUUCCCGCUUCCCCAGCUGGUAGAGCCGCACAGGAAACAAGCCCUCACUGAACCAACUCCGGAUGCUGGCACCCAGAAGAGCGCCCUCCAUGCCCAGAUGCCUGCGUAGUUUUUGUGACCUGUCCGCUCCUCCCUUGCCCUGGGGCAGUAGUGGGGGAGCGAUGGAGAACUGGACCAGCAGGCCCUGGCUGUAUCUGCUGCUGCUUCUGUCCCUCCCUCAGCUCUGCCUGGAUCAGGAGGUGUUGUCCAGACACUCUCUUCAGACACCUACAGAGGAGGGCCAGGGCCCCGAAGGUGUCUGGGGACCUUGGGUCCAGUGGGACUCUUGCUCCCAACCCUGCGGGGUGGGGGUGCAGCGCAGGAGCCGGACAUGUCAGCUCCCUACAGCGCAGCUCCGCCCGAGUCUGCCCCUCCCUCCCCGGCCCCCAAGACAUCCAGAAGCCCUCCCCUUGUACAGGACACAGUCUCGGGGAAGGGGUGGCCCACUUCGAGGUCCCGCUUCCCACCUAGGGAGAGAGGAGACCCAGGAGAUUCGAGCAGCCAGGAGGUCCCGGCUUCGAGAUCCCAUCAAGCCAGGAAUGUUCGGUUAUGGGAGAGUGCCCUUUGCAUUGCCACUGCACAGGAACCGCAGGCACCCUCGGAGGCCACCCAGAUCUGAGCUGUCCCUGAUCUCUUCUAGAGGGGAAGAGCCCAUUCCAUCCCCUACUCCAAGAGCAGAGCCAUUCUCCGCAAACGGCAGCCCCCAAACUGAGCUCCCUCCCACAGAACUGUCUGUCCACACCCCAUCCCCCGCAGCAGAACCUCUAAGCCCUGAAACUGCUCAGACAGAGGUGGCCCCCAGAACCAGGCCUGCCCCCCCACGGCACCACCCCAGAGCCCAGGCCUCUGGCACAGAGCCCCCCUUACCCACACACUCCUUAGAAGAAGGUGGCUUCUUCCAUGCAUCCCCUCAGCCACAAAGGCCAAGUUCCCAGGGUUGGGCCAGUCCCCAGGUAGCAGAGAGACGCCCUGAUCCUUUUCCUUCGGUCCCUUGGGGCCGAAGCCAGCAGGGCCAGGGGCCUUGGGGAACGGGGGGGACUCCUCACGGGCCCCGCCUGAAGCCUGACCCUCAGCACCCGGGCGCCUGGCUGCCCCUGCUGAGCAACGGCCCCCAUGCCAGCUCCCUCUGGAGCCUCUUUGCUCCCAGUAGCCCUAUCCCAAGAUGUUCUGGGGAGAGUGAGCAGCUAAGAGCCUGCAGCCAAGCGCCCUGCCCCCCCGAGCAGCCAGACCCCCGGGCCCUGCAGUGCGCGGCCUUUAACUCCCAGGAAUUCAUGGGCCAGCUGUACCAGUGGGAGCCCUUCACUGAAGCCCCUCUGCUUCCCCUGCGCCAUGCCUUCUUUCUUCUCCCUGGGGCUGGGUCAGGAGACAGCACAGGUGUCCAGGGCUCCCAGCGCUGUGAACUGAACUGCCGGCCCCGUGGCUUCCGCUUCUAUGUCCGUCACACCGAAAAGGUCCAGGAUGGGACCCUGUGUCAGCCUGGAGCCCCUGACAUCUGUGUGGCUGGACGCUGUCUGAGCCCCGGCUGUGAUGGGAUCCUUGGCUCUGGCAGGCGUCCUGAUGGCUGUGGAGUCUGUGGGGGUGAUGAUUCUACCUGUCGCCUUGUUUCGGGGAACCUCACUGACCGAGGGGGCCCCCUGGGCUAUCAGAAGAUCUUGUGGAUUCCAGCAGGAGCCUCGCGGCUCCAGAUUGCCCAGCUCCGGCCUAGCUCCAACUACCUGGCACUUCGUGGCCCUGGGGGCCGGUCCAUCAUCAAUGGGAACUGGGCUGUGGAUCCCCCUGGGUCCUACAGGGCCGGCGGGACCGUCUUUCGAUAUAACCGUCCUCCCAGGGAGGAGGGCAAAGGGGAGAGUCUGUCGGCUGAAGGCCCCACCACCCAGCCUGUGGAUGUCUAUAUGAUCUUUCAGGAGGAAAACCCAGGCGUUUUUUAUCAGUAUGUCAUCUCUUCACCUCCUCCAAUCCUUGAGAACCCCACCCCAGAGCCCCCUGUCCCCCAGCUUCAGCCGGAGAUUCUGAGGGUGGAGCCCCCACUCGCUCCGGUGCCCCGCCCAGCCCGGACCCCAGGCACCCUCCAGCGUCAGGUGCGGAUCCCCCAGAUGCCCGCCCCGCCCCAUCCCAGGACACCCCUGGGGUCUCCAGCUGCGUACUGGAAACGAGUGGGACACUCUGCAUGCUCAGCGUCCUGCGGGAAAGGUGUCUGGCGCCCCAUUUUCCUCUGCAUCUCCCGUGAGUCGGGAGAGGAACUGGAUGAACGCAGCUGUGCCGCGGGUGCCAGGCCCCCAGCCUCCCCUGAACCCUGCCAUGGCACCCCAUGCCCCCCAUACUGGGAGGCUGGUGAGUGGACAUCCUGCAGCCGCUCCUGUGGCCCCGGCACCCAGCACCGCCAGCUGCAGUGCCGGCAGGAAUUUGGUGGGGGUGGCUCCUCGGUGCCCCCGGAGCGCUGUGGACAUCUCCCCCGGCCCAACAUCACCCAGUCUUGCCAGCUGCGCCUCUGUGGCCAUUGGGAAGUUGGCUCUCCUUGGAGCCAGUGCUCCGUGCGGUGCGGCCGGGGCCAGAGAAGCCGGCAGGUUCGCUGUGUUGGGAACAAUGGUGAUGAAGUGAGCGAGCAGGAGUGUGCGUCAGGCCCCCCACAGCCCCCCAGCAGAGAGGCCUGUGACAUGGGGCCCUGUACUACCGCCUGGUUCCACAGCGACUGGAGCUCCAAGUGCUCAGCCGAGUGUGGGACGGGAAUCCAGCGGCGCUCUGUAGUCUGCCUUGGGAGUGGGGCAGCCCUCGGGCCGGGCCAGGGGGAAGCAGGAGCAGGAACUGGGCAGAGCUGUCCACCAGGAAGCCGGCCCCCUGACAUGCGCGCCUGCAGCCUGGGGCCCUGUGAGAGGACUUGGCGCUGGUACACAGGGCCCUGGGGUGAGUGCUCCUCUGAAUGUGGCUCCGGCACACAGCGUAGAGACAUUAUCUGUGUAUCCAAACUGGGGACGGAGUUCAACGUGACUUCUCCGAGCAACUGUUCUCACCUCCCCAGGCCCCCUGCCCUGCAGCCCUGUCAAGGGCAGGCCUGCCAGGACCGAUGGUUUUCCACGCCCUGGAGCCCAUGUUCUCGCUCCUGCCAAGGGGGAACGCAGACACGGGAGGUCCAGUGCCUGAGCGCCAACCAGACCCUCAGCACCCGAUGCCCUCCUCAACUGCGGCCCUCCAGGAAGCGCCCCUGUAACAGCCAACCCUGCAGCCAGCGCCCUGAUGAUCAAUGCAAGGACAGCUCUCCACAUUGCCCCCUGGUGGUACAGGCCCGGCUCUGCGUCUACCCCUACUACACAGCCACCUGUUGCCGCUCUUGCGCACAUGUCCUGGAGCGGUCUCCCCAGGAUCCCUCCUGAAAGGGGCCCGGGGCACCCUCACGGUUUUCUGUGCCACCAUCGGUCACCCAUUGAUCGGCCCACUCUGAACCCCCUGGCUCCCCAGCCUGUCCCAGUCUCAGCAGGGAUGUCCUCCAGGUGACAGAGGGUGGCAAGGUGACUUUCAGGGCUGUGGUCAGGCCCAUGUGGUGGUGUGAUGGGUGUGUGCACAUAUGCCUCAGGUGUGCUUUGGGGACUGCAUGGAUAUGUGUGUGCUCAAACGUGUAUCACUUUUCAAAAAGAAGUUACACAGACUGAGAAGGGCAAGACCUGUUUCCCUGAGACUUUCCUAGGUGGAGAGGAAAGCAAGUCUGCAGUUCCUUGCUAAUCUGAGCUACUUAGAGUGUGGUCUCCCCACCAACUCCAGUUUUGUGUCCUAAGCCUCAUUUCUCAUGUUCAGACCUCACAUCUUCUAAGCUGCCCUGUGUCUCUGACCCCUUCUCAUUUGCCUAAUAUCUCUGCCCCUGCCUCCCUAAUUAGCUAGGGCUGGGGUCAGCCACUGCCAAUCCUGCCUUACCGAGAAAGGCAGGAGGAAAGAGACUGCCUCUCCAGAGCAAGGCCCAGCUGGGCAGAGGGUGAAAAAGAGAAAUGUGAGCAUGCGCCCCCCUCCCCCAGCCCCACUCCCUGCCUCCUGAAAUGGUUCCCACCCAGAACUAAUUUAUUUUUUAUUAAAGAUGGUCAUGACAAAUGA